AUGCGGUCAAUAGCUCUCUUGAUUUUUUUUAUUCAAGUUCUACGACCAACACGUCAACAAUUUCCACGAGCUUGCACGACCACGGAGAGCCUACGUUCGAAGGAAUGCUGUCCUGUAUGGGAGGGCGACGGGUCAGUCUGCGGUAUGCUCAGCGGGAGAGGAGCUUGCCUGGAUGUUAUUAUAUCGGAGCAGCCUAACGGGCCACAGUACCCUUUUUCGGGCGUAGAUGACAGAGAGCGAUGGCCAAUGGUAUUUUACAAUCGUACUUGCCAUUGUCUCCCCAACUUCAUGGGUUUCAAUUGUGGGGAGUGCAAUUUCGGUUACUUCGGUCCAAACUGCACAGACCGGAGGGAAUCCGUCAGGUUAAACAUUUUCCAGUUGUCCCCAACGGAAAGACAAAAAUUAAUCUCUUACCUGAACCUAGCCAAAAACACAGUUAGUAACGAUUACGUAAUUGCAACUGGUACAUUCGAGGAAAUGAACAACAGCACAAAUCCAAUGUUUGUGAACGUCACUGUCUAUGACUUAUUCGUAUGGAUGCAUUACUAUGUGUCCCGGAGCGCGUUGCUUGGGGGUCCAAACAAUGUGUGGCAAAACGUGGAUUUUGCGCACUGGGGCCCGGCUUUUUUACCAUGGCAUAGAGUAUAUUUGUUGCGAUGGGAACACGAAAUACGGAAACUAACGGGAGACUUCAGUUUCACCAUUCCAUACUGGGACUGGAGAGACGCAGAGGGCUGUGACGUGUGCACUGACGAUCUGAUGGGUAGUCAAAGCCCGCUGAAUCCUAACUUGCUUAGCUCAGCAUCCGUAUUUUCCUCCUGGAAGGUCAUUUGUUCCAGAGCACCAGAAUACAACAGGUUGGGUGUUCUUUGUGAUGGGAAAGAGGAGGGGCCCUUACUGCGUAACCCUGGAAACCAUGACCAUAAUUUGGUGAACUGGUUGCCCACUUCUGAUGAAGUGGAGUUUACAAUAAAUCUGUCACAGUAUGACACAGGACCAAUGGAUCGCAGUGCCAACAUGAGCUUUCGGAACGUUCUGGAAGGCUCAGGAAGCCCUCGGACGGGACUGGGUAACAGUCCUGUGCGAGGGAUGCAUGCGGCUCUGCAUGUUUUCAUGAACGGAUCCAUGACCUCGGUGCAGGGAUCAGCCAACGAUCCGAUCUUCCUCCUGCACCAUACCUUCGUCGACAGUAUCUACGAGCAAUGGUUGAGAAGACAUGGCCCUGCACAGUCCCAGUACCCCACCGCCAACGCUCCCAUUGGACACAACAGCGACCUUUACAUGGUACCGUUCAUUCCCCUAUACAGAAACGGAGACUACUUCAUCUCUAGCAAAGAGCUUGGCUAUGAAUACUUCUACCUGCUAGAUCCUGGCCAGCAGUUUGUAGAGGGUGUGAGGUCAUACCUGAUGGAAGUGAGACAGAUUUGGCCUUGGCUUCUGGUGGCAGGCAUCAUGGGAGCUCUCGUCACCGGAGUUCUGGCUGCUGCUCUGGUUAAAGUUUGCUCUUGGCCACUGAGAGAGAAGCUGCCCUUUCAGACUGAGAGACAACCACUUAUCAUGGCCGGUGACACAGAGGGCUCUGCAGUGUCCUAUCACGCCACAGGAUCAUGA